GCGCUGCGGUCAUGCUGCAGUACAUGUGUACAUUCUUUUGCAUUCCAUGCUUGCGAAAGGAAUGAACACUCUGGCAAAUCAAUGCAAUUUUCAACUCCAGCGGACUCGGAAGCUCUUCAGUUCUUGUGGAUACCACUAUCUUCAGACCAUGAUCGUCUUUCUGUUUGACAUGUCUCCGAGAAGUAAUUUCACAUAACUGGUCCAGUACGUGUAUUUCGUCAGUCAUCAUAGAGCUGGCACUUGCAAGAUGUAGGCCUAUCAGCGGUGUGUGAAGGACCAGCGUCUGGCAGGACUAAGACUCAAAGAGCAGUUAAACUGCAUGAUACCUCGCGUGGAACUGGGAGUCGAUCAUCAUUAUCCACCUUGAGCAGAAGUACCCCCCCCCGCCAUCGAUUGAAAAGAGGCAUAUUGGUUGGAAGUAUAGGUUUUGUUGGUAGCAAAUCGCUACCAGCGAUGCGACCGUAACUGUUGCACUUGGUCAAGCUCGGGGCUUAUGGACCAUGGGCGGGUUAAGGCCGUUACUACUAUGUUCCUGUCUUCAGAGAUGGUGGGGAUGGAUCAUCGUCUACAUAGCCUUAGUGCAAAUGGCGCUGGCCCUGGGGACGGCAUUCAACUACAGCAUCCUGUUCCUCAGUUUCCUCCAAGAAUUCAAGAGCAGCGCAGCGCUGACUGGUUGGGUCGGGUCGAUUGCCAACGGCCUACUCUGCUCUGGCAGCCCCGUCUCAGUUCUGCUGAUACGGUACCUCGGCCACCGCCCGACCAAUCUCCUCGGCUCAGUCCUGUACUGCGGGGGUUUCAUCUUGACCGCCUUCAUGUCGGCCCUGGGCUACACCUUCUUAACCUUCGGCCUGCUGGUCGGCCUGGGGACCAAUUUCGUCUUCCAGUCGGUCUGUUCCGUGCUGUUGGAGUGGUUCCCUGGGGAGAACUGCUCGCGCGCCACGGCCCUGGCCCUCCUAGGACCAUCCAUCGGUAUGCUCGUAUUUGCUCCCGUAAUGAACGCGCUCAUAGCGGCGUACAGCUGGCGCAAAACCCUCAUAAUAAUCGGUGUGGGCAACUUGCUGGUCAGUCUCGUGCACGGUGCUUUCAUCACGCUGCCAGCGCAGACGGCCGCGCCGACGACAGGCGACGCGAAGGAUGGCCAUCUGGAGUUGAGCGAGACUCCUGCGAAGGAAACGGAAGCGGCCCUGGAGCCCGAGACUGUCACUGAGACCGAUUGUCGGCAAAGCCCAAAACUACUUGGGCUCGUCAGGAUCUUGCUGCGUGUGGACACGUGGCUUUGGGUGCUCUGCCUAACGCUGGGCAAUCUCGGAUGGUCUUUCAUUGUAGUCAGCUAUGCGAGCUUCAUGGAGCACGAUCUUCGUUUCACCCGCGAGAACAUUUCCCUUGCCAUUGCCCUGUUUGCAGUGGGGGAGAUUGUGGGUAAAGCCGGCCUGUCCCUCGUCAGCGACCACCUGCCUUGCCUGAAGCUUUACGUUGUGCUGGCGGGCUCCGUCUUGGGAGGCCUCGCCUCCGGACUGAUGACCCUGCUGAGUGCGCUACCCUCCAUGUUGGCCGUUUCAUUUUUUCUGGGAUUCUUCCGCGCUGGGUCGUACGGCAUGCCACUAGCCGCUGCGAUGGAGAUCUUUGGAGAGUACGGGGCAGAUGCUGUCUCCACACUGGUACUCAUGCCGUGGGGCUUCGGGGUGUUCAUUGGUGCGCCGUUGUCCGGCGGCCUUUACGAUUUGACGGGAGACUAUACCGUAAGCCUGCUCGUCAUCACCGGUGUAUUUCUCCUUUCUGCGGUUGGAGCUGCGGCAAUCCCAAUCAAGAAACGACUCCAGCAAACGACGCCUACAAUAGGAAGAACAAUUAACGGCACUUCCAUAUACAUGUAUUAUGAAGAAGUCUAGUCUAAUAAGACAAAAUAUGAUGCACGUUUUGUGUGAAGAGCCAGAUUUUUUAUCAUUGGCAUUGGUGCCUUUUAUUUAUUGGUUAAUGUUGAAUGUAAAAUAACCUAUGAUUUUACUAUUUACAAACAAAUCUGCCAAUUUUAAAGUGUUUUCCUCAAAGAAGAGUAUUUGUGGAAAUAAGUGGAAUAUUUCCUCAUAUUACUGUUGAACAUAGCAGCGAUGUGCAUAGCAUAAACACUCGUAUUACCCUUAUGCAAGCUUAGUAAGGUGGGACUGUAAUGAAAAUAAUUUCAUAAAUACCUGGGACAGUUUUUCUAUUCCUAUUGGUCGAAACCUGUCAGGUGACUGUGUAUUAACAUUUGAAAAUGCCCGCUUCGUAACUCACCUGCUGGCACAUGGAUACGGGCAUAGAUACGGGCUCUGAUCUCCAUAUAAUGGAGAUCAAUGGAUAAGAGACUGUUAAUCGGGUCUGAUUGGUCAGUAGUCUGUGUGCACCCAACACGCCGCACGUGCGCCAGGUUUAUCGAAGUGGAUUCUCUUGUACAACUUUCAAAAGGAAUACACCAUAAAAAUGGAUGGGGGUGUUCGGGAAAAUGAAAGUAAAAGUUUAAUAACAAAAUCGUCGAAAGUCCAUCAUAUGUUGACUCCUUUUGACUCUCUAAAUAAAAAGGUAUUAAUAAUGGAAAUAAAUAUGUGCUUGGCCGGUCUUAAACUAACGUUUAAGACCUUGCUCAGGAGAACGAACGCUGGAAAUAGUUGUGUUCAGUCUACUGAGCCGUUCUUAAACGCAAAGAUGAGAAUGGCCAAGCACGUACUGAUAUUAUGAUUUAAAA